AUGAUGGAGAACCAAAUUGCGCCCAAGGCCGAGAUGGCCCAGGUCCCCCAGGCAGCCGAGGUGGCCGAGCUGGAGCUUCAGGCUGUGAUCGGCUUCAAUGGACAUGUGCCCACUGGUCUGAAAUGCCACCCUGACCAGGAGCACCUGGUUUACCCUCUGGGCUGCACAGUCCUCAUUCAGGCGAUCAAUACCAACGAGCAGAGUUUCCUGCACGGCCAUGGCAACAACGUCUCCUGUGUGGACGUCUCCAACAGCGGGGAGUACAUUGCCUCGGGACAGGUCACGUACAUGGGCUUCAAGGCAGAUAUCAUCCUGUGGGAUUACAAGAAAAGGGAGCUGAUUGCUCGGCUGUCACUUCACAAGGGCAAAAUUGAAGAUCUGGCCUUUUCACCAAAUGAUCUGUACUUGGUAUCCCUCGGGGGCCCAGAUGAUGGAAGCGUGGUGGUGUGGAGCAUAGCCAAGAGGGACGCCAUCUGCGGCAGCCCUGCGGCCGGCCUCAACGUGGGCAAUGCCACCGCGGUGAUCUUCUCGGGGGGCUGCGACGAGAUGUUUGUCACCGCUGGGAAUGGGACAAUUCGAGUAUGGGAACUGGAUCUCCCAAAUAGAAAAAUCUGGCCAACUGAGUGCCUAACAGGACAGAUGAAAAGGAUAGUCUUGUGUAUUACAAUGCCCAGUGAUGACAGCUUCUUCUACCUGGGCACCACGACUGGAGAUAUUCUAAAAAUGAACCCCAGGACUAAACUGAUGGCAGACACUGGGCCCGUGAAGGACAAAUUCAGUCUGGGAGUGACAGCGAUCAAGUGCCUGAAGAUGGGGGCGUUACUGGUGGGCUCUGGAACCGGGUUGCUGGUCCUCUGUAAAAGCCCCAGCUACAAACCCAUCAAGAACCGAGGGUUGGUGAGGGGAAAUACGAUCCCAGAUUUCUACUUGGUCUACGGAGAGCAAGAGGCUGAGGGAGGGAAGAAGCCCAGGAGAGAGGUGCUGAUGGCCUGGGAUGACGGUAAAAUCCGAGCCUUCGCCCCAGAGACAGGCCGCUUAAUGUAUGCCAUUAACAAUGCCCACAGGAUCGGCGUGACGGCCAUCGCUACCACGAGCGACUGUAAAAGGAUCAUCAGUGGCGGUGGGGAAGGAGAGGUGAGGGUGUGGCAGAUAGGCUGCCAGACGCAGAAGCUGGAGGAGGCCCUGAAGGAGCACAAGUCCUCCGUGUCCUGCAUUCGGGUGAAGAGCAACGACGAGGAGUGCGUCACAGCCAGCACGGAUGGCACUUGCAUCAUUUGGGACCUUGUACGUCUUAGGAGGAGUCAGAUGAUCCUGGCCAAUACCUUGUUCAGGUGCGUUUGUUACCACCCCGAAGAGUUCCAGAUCAUCACCAGUGGGACAGACAGGAAGAUUGGCUACUGGGAAGUCUAUGACGGGUCAGUCAUCAGAGAGCUGGAAGGCUCCUCGUCUGGGUCCAUCAACGGGAUGGAUAUCUCCGUGGAUGGAGUGCACUUUGUCACAGGUGGAAAGGACCACAUGGUCAAAGUUUGGGAUUAUAAUGAGGGUGAAGUGACUCACGUUGGGGUUGGACACAGUGGCACCAUCACGCGCCUUCGGAUAAGCCCCGGGAAUCAGUACAUCAUCAGCGUCAGUGCCGACGGAGCCAUCCUCCGGUGGAAGUGCCCAUUUACCACCUGAAGCUGGGAGAGCUGACUCAGCA